AUCACAUUUCGCACUCGAUGACUUCAACGCAUGCGCGCUUUUUGUAUUUUAUAAGCACUUGAGAAGCUCGGGUGAGUAGUUGGUGGGAAGCUACGUUUGGGCGUGGAUGAGUGCUUUAAAAUUCACUCUUAAUGGAAAUGAGUGACAAGUAGCAUCAGGAUGGACGUGGGCUGGGCACAUGGUAAACAGUCACUACUCCCCCUUUAAUCAGAGUAGUGGGUUUUGGCGAGUGCCUUUGACUUGCCAUGACUAUGCGAACCGCUGUGUUCAAGAGUGGAGGAACCAAGCUGGACACGGACAACGGUGACCAAGCUAAAAAACAAGAAUUUCAGACCAGCAUAAAGAAGGAGGCUGCUGAGGGUUUUGCGCGAGUUCCUGGAAUCCUGAGCAACAUUUACAAUAGCACUGAGCAGCAUUUUCACAGCAAAACCCUUUCUACCAGCCAGAGCAGUGCAGGCAGACCUGUUCUGUCAUCGGUAGCAAGGAGGGGACAGGAAGAGAACUGGGUGAACCUGGGGGCUUUGACUCUUCCGCUGACCAAGCAGAUGGGGGCUGAGGGUACCCCUGGCAAAAGUAAGUCGCUAUUUGGACACACCAGUCAUAACCACAUGGGCAAGAUGGAUCCAGUGGCAUCCAAUGGCAGCAAGCAGCCUAGGAAGGCAGGAGGAGGCGUGGCAGUGGCAGGGGUCCCCUCACCAGAACAUGGUUCUGAUGGAAAACGGCGGAAUGUGAUGAAGGGCACAAGCCACACCACCAACCAGACUGGCUGCAUUCGUCAGAUCCUGCUACUGCAGCUAGAACUGAUAGAACAGCAACAACAGCAACUGCAGAACAAGAACAAGGAGAUAGAUGAUCUCAAAGCUGAAAAGGAGAUGUUGGCGGCACGGAUUGAGCGUAUGGAGCGGCGGUUACAGAUGGUGAAGAAAGAUAGCGUUGAUGGUCGUCCCACUCCUCGUCGCAGGGAGUUUCUAGAUGCUGUCCCAUCAGAAAGCACUGGGCAGUCUGAGGGUCAAUGUCAUACCCCGCGACAAACGAAUUUUGAAAAAAGUGGCAGGAACCUGAAACGGAGAUUCCUUUUUCAAGAAUCCAGGAUGUCAAGGUCUAGACGUGGGCAUCCAAAACCCCCCCCUCCAAAAGAAAGCCAAGCUUUGGAGGAGGAGUCCCAGGAAGAGUUGGAGCCUGAGGUAAGGUCACCAGGUUCAUCCCUGGACGAAUCAGAAGAGCUGCCUUACAUGGCGACCACUGAGAUGUACCUCUGCUGCUGGCACCAGACUCCACCUUCACCAUGGCGAGAUCAUUCUCCUGUUAAGGAGGACACAGUUGCUGUCCCUUCCUGGCGAGAGAGUAUUGUGGAACCACUGGAUGAUGAAAAGGCAAAUGAAAUGGAGAGUUUGGAUGACAACGUUUUUCUGAAGCGACAUUCGAAACUAGAGCUUGAUGAGAAGAGACGAAAAAGGUGGGAUAUUCAGCGUAUUCGGGAGCAGCGGAUGUUCCAGCGCCUCCAGCAGAGGAUGAACAAGCAGAAGGUGAUUCAGGAGAGUGAACCAGAGCUGCUGUCCUUUUAUCCUGAAGCUGAGGAUGUGGAUUCUGUAAUGAUCACACCUUUCCUGCCAGUGGUUGCAUUUGGCAGGCCUCUACCUAACCUCACACAACAAAAUUUUGAAAUACCGUGGUUAGAUGAGCGUAGCCGAAGCCGACAAGAAGUGUCUAAGAAGAAGACGCCCCAUCGGACCUGCCGGAAGUGAAGCAGUCCUCCUCGAGUGAUUUCACCCGUGUUAAGGGGCUGAAUCAGUUUGACUGUCCUGUGAUGUAUUCUGUGCUACAGAAUCAUCUUUUCAACAUAAUACAUAGUUGAUUGCCCUGAAGUCACCAUCAAUCUUCAAAAGACUGCUCCUCACAUAAGCCCAUUUGGCACCCUGAAUAGCGCACAAGCUGCAAGAUGAAUGAAAGCCGAGAUGUCAAAAGUUCAUACUCAUUGUUGCACUGCAAAAUGUGACGUUGCUGUAUUCUGGUUGCUUUGGUAUUUUCCCACGCAAGUUAAAAUUUACAGUUGCGGUAUGGACCAAACCUCAAAUCAUAAUCGAAUGCAGUUUAACAGAGAAUGUUAUUUAAUCUGUGUUUUUGCCUUUCUGUUCAUUGUGAAUAGUUAACAAUAUAGUGUAACAUCUUGUAACAUAGUGUUGAUGGAUAAAAUGAAAAAAAAAACCUAAUGCACCUAAAAAAGUACCUUCAAGUUA